UAUAAAUUAUAAAUAUAGUUAUUGAUAUAAACUAGAUUUUUUUAAUGAUCUGAUAGUAUUAAACGAGUAUGGCUUACUUUUUGGGCCAAAACGUUGUUAAUUAUGUGUGUGGGUGUGGAAUUUUAAAACCUAUCACCAAGAUAUACUUUUGUAGGCACUGUUUGAAAAUUAGGUGCGGAUUUUGUGUCUACCAUGAGGUGGAUUCCUAUUACUGUGUAAACUGUCUGGAGAAUAUUCCUUCCUCAGAAGCUCGUCUCCGAAAGCACAAAUGUGGAAAUUGUUUCAACUGUCCUUGUUGCUUCCAUACAUUGGCCACGAGGGCUACAAAUGUUGCAUUGCCAGUGAAAGCUGAUGAUGAACGAAAGGAUGCCAAACCUAUUACCAGGAAGAUGUACUAUUUUGCUUGCUUUUCUUGUCGGUGGACUUCUAGGGAUGUUGGGAUACCUGACCAAACUGUUGCUAGUGGAGCCUGGCCUGAUAGAGAAAAUGUGCACUCAAAUAGAAUCGUGGCUCUUCAAGAGUACUUCACAACGCUUGUGAUAAAAGAUAAAAUUGCAAAGCAAGAGAUGCUGAAGAAAAAGCACAAUGCUAGGAGCAAAUUCACCACUUUAACAGAUAAAACCGGUUUAACAGCAGCUAUUAUUCGCAAGCAAGUCGGUCUACCUUCCGAUAUAUCCAUACCGAGCAGUGCUUUUCAUUCAAGUAAUAAACCAACAAUUGUUCCUGCUGUCGCUUCCGAAGACGUUGAUGAUCUUCCUGAUGAUAUAUUUACAACUCCACUGAAUUUGAUGGAAGUUACUACUGUAGAGCAAAGAUUAUUUCAACCAGAUAAUCAAGCAGCAUCUGUCACCGGAUUGUUCCCACAACAUAAACUAUUAUCAAUCAAACAGUCUCUGAGGUGUCGUCAAUGCGAGCAUAAUGUUAUCAAACCAGAGUACAAUCCGAGUUCUAUCAAGUUUAAAAUCAAUCUAUUGGCAUGUUAUCACGUACCAGAGUUGCGCCUGAUUUCAUGCGAAGCCCUAAAACCUGGACAAAGUUCUAAAAUUAUACUAAAGCUGACAAAUCCAACGCAUAAUGAAAUGUUAAUCAGUUUUCUAUCUGUUGAUUUCGAAUGUCCGGAACCAGGAACCAAGAGUGACAAAAAAUCCGGAG